CCUUCAACUACCUCACAUCUUCCCAGAUCAACAAUCACGCAUACACGCAACUCUCUUCAUUCUUCAAGAUGGCUGCUCGUACAAAGAAGGUCGGAAUCACCGGCAAGUACGGUACUCGUUACGGUGCUUCUCUCCGUAAGGGAAUCAAGAAGAUCGAAAUUUCUCAGCACUCCAGGUACACAUGCACCUUUUGCGGAAAGGACAGCGUGAAGCGCAAGUCUGUCGGUAUCUGGGAAUGCAAGAGCUGCAGAAAGACAAUUGCUGGUGGAGCUUGGACUUUGUCUACCACUGCUGCUGCAACUGUCCGCAGCACCAUCCGUCGUCUGCGUGAAAUCACCGAGGCUUAAGCGGUCCUACCAACCAAUGGCCGGACGACUCGACAUGCCCUGCAACUCUUCGCCGAGCCGAAGCCGGCACGUCAUGCCGCUUGGCGAAGCGCAAAGACCAUCAUUCGGCACUGAUCUGCCCUAUGCGCAAGCUUUUUAGAAGCUAAGCAGGCUUCACUCUUCACAACCCAUGUACAACGCUCUCAGCUCGGCGACAUUGCCCAAAAAAGCAUCACAUUCCGCAUCGAUCUUUGGUUCUGCUG